GAGCUGAGAGCAUGUGGGAUCGGGCUAUUUAGAGGUAAUGCUGAGCAAGAGAAAGAUCCCCCGGCUGCAAUGGCAUGAACUUCACGACUUGCAGGUCUCCAAAGCGCACUUGAAGUUAUUGGCAAAAAAACGGCAACGAAAAUGGACAUAAUGGAAAAAAUCGAUGUGGAUAACCAAAUGACUAUAUUGCGAGAUGCAGUGAUGGAAGAGGGAGCGCAGCCUAUAGAGGACGAGGUCGAGGAUUUAAGUAACAGUUUGAGAGAAAUAGUCCAGGAUGAGGCAGUGAAGCCUAAACUGCACUGUCUGAUGAUGGACCCGGCCUUCUCCAUGGUUACAAUGCAGAGUGAGGACAGCGGGAUUGUCUGGGAGACAGCGUCCAGUCGCUGCUCCACCCCCUGGGCUUCAGAAUUCAGUUUUGCUCCCCCAGAACCGUGCCACAGCCUGGUUCCCAAACAUUCUGGAGCUCCAAGUUCCGAAACAGCAGGCAAGAUCAUCUUCAUAAUGGACGAGGACCACAUGAUCAGGAGGAAGAAGAGGAAGCGGAACAAAGCGGAAGAGAAAGUAAUGAACCAACCAGUUCUGCCAGAACCUGAAAGGCCAGCCAUGGUGGAGAUCUCUCUUCCCAAUACGAGAGUGGAGGAAGAGAGUGUGGUCGAUGAAAAGAAAGAUCCAAAAGAGGAGGGCAGCCAGCGCUUGUUCUGCCUACUCUCAGAGGGAUCUGAGAUUCUGAAUAUCAUUGCGCCACCAAAGAUAUUCACAGUGGACGAGGAGGAGAGCAAAGAGCUGACGGAUAACUUGUCUUACCUCGAAGAGACUCCUGUCAUAAAAGCCAAAGACAUCACUGAAGAACCUUACACUGAGGAGACCCAAACAGAGAACCUCCAAGCAGCUGUCCAGGCAGUACCAGAACCAGUUAUGCCAAUACCCAUCAAGCCAGCACGAAGAGGAGCGACUAGUGAAGACUACUUUGAGAAGUUCACGCUGUUGGACCAUCAGGCACCAUCUGUGGCUCCUCCACUAGAAGCUAUCCAUGAUCCUGAGAUCAUAACUGAGCAGGCAGCAGAUGAGACUAAAGACAAAGCUGUUGCGACAAAGCCAGCAGUUGAACUUUCAGCUGACUCAGUGUCUCUCAGUGAGCUGGAGAUCACAAGUGAACAUGUGGAUGAGGUGUUUUACGGUGGUGGAAGCGAUCCAAGCAGGCAAAGCCUGCCCAAGGAUGGCACAAAUAAAGAAGGGGAUGUGCCAAAGUCACCCUUAAAGGAAAGUGGGUCUGCCUUGUUUGGUAGCCAGGAGUCAAUCCUGACUCCGAUCUUCCUCCCAGAAGGACCUCCGAAAAUCAUAGACCCUAACCUGCUGGAGGAGCCAAAAGCCAUGGCGUUUAUGUACUCAGAUCUGUACGCAGAUGCAGUAGGAACCAGACAGAAGCAGGAUGACACAGAGAGCUUGACCUCUGAAAAGUCCUUUCACAGUCAGCAGUCUGAUUUCGAGGACAGAGGCUACCUGGAGAAGUUUGUGCUUAAAGAUGAAACUCCAGCAACUGAGGCAGAUCCCUUUCCUGAGCACCACAAAAUGGACAGGGUGAAGAUGUGGUCAGAGGACGCAUUUGGCAUACCACGGCAUGGAAACGACAAGACGGGCGCUCAGGAAGAUGAAGAAAUUACAGACUUCUUCAGGAACAGUGCUAGCUCAUCCCCAUGUGAAACAAUUCAGCUAGAUCAAGGGGAACCAGAAGAAACAAGGGAGGAGACGAAGACUCGGCGUGUAGUUUUCCAGGACGAAGCUGCAAAGGAUGGCAACAGGAUAAGCAAAGUGGGAGAUGGUGUUUUCCUACCUUCAGAAGAGGACAUAGAGCUUGCGGAAGCUUUUUUACCACUUGAUAUCAGUAUGGAGCCAUCAUCGGUGGAAACAAGCUGGGUGACUGUAGACGACAUCGCUGAAUACGCUGUGAAAACUGUUUUGGCCAAGCCAACCAAGUCGGAAAAAGCAAAGAGAGUUAAACCACCUAAAGAAGCUCUCUCAAUCCGACCUCCCCAAAAAGUCAACCCUGUAACACCACGUCCCAAAUCUUUCCUGGACCUGACUCCUCUACUUCCAGCAGAAGCAGAGGAGGAGCCUGAGGGACGUCAAGAACAAGAAAAAGAAUUGGGCACUAGCAAAGUUCCAUCCACUGUUGAAGCUAAAGCAACUGAGGCUACAGGAGAAGCACUGGACUAUGAACUAAUCACCAAGCAAGAGGCAAGUGAAUGUGCCGUGCCUCAGAGAGACUCCCCCAGGGGAGGAGAGCGCUCUGACAAUGGGGGCUUCACUAUGGUGGAAUAUCCCAGUCAGCUGGACAAUCUGUACGAUGCUGUUGAGGCUGAUUACGAGAUUGUAGACGCUCCGGUCUCAUAAUUUAAAAUGACAACAUUCACAAUUUGUCAAUUGCAGUUUUAUAAGCAGGCGCUCCUGAACUGUAUCUGUUCAUGCAUGUACGUUUUGGAAGCAACAGCCCAAAGUGAACCCGAAUUACUCCUGUAUUUAUCUUGUAAUAGAAUAAUGAUCUAUCGAUGUUCAUGGACUUCACUGAACUUUUGUACAAGAGCUGUAAUAUAAACCCACACAGAGACCAUCGUGCAAAUCCUGAUCACUUUCUGCUGAGUACAGUGCUUUGCUUCUGGCUCUGACCAGAUGAUCACUGUGAAAUCUGUUCCUGUUGUUGUGCAGACAAAUGGAUUUACAUAACAAUAGAACUAACCUUCAGUUGUCGCUUUAUUAUUCUAGACAAACGUGGCACUAGAAUUGUUCAGCAUUCAUAAAUGUAUAAUAUAGCGCUGUCCAAAAG